GGUGAACAAGCUUACAAGCAUACUUUAUUACAAUGCGCGCACGUGAGGAGCCCGCACGUGAUGUGUCUGUAGAGAUCACAUGUUUCCCAUUUCAGCUGCGUUGUCCAAAACGGUAGGCACAAGGCAGCACGUAAUGGCACUCAGUAAUCAAAAGUCCCAUCAGAGACUGUCAGGUGCAACAUUGUCACCACUCCGCCCGCCACUACCCGCAAUCGGAGAGGUACCGUACCACAUGAAAGAAAGUGGAUGACACAAUCGAAUUGAAAAACAACUUUUUUUGCCUGAAUCCGUUUGCUUGAAUGAUUUUGCCGGCAGGCCCAGCAUCUCACCUACAUCGCGGCCUCUGGUGACAGGUCGUUACACCAAGCUGCUCGCCAUGCCAGUAUUCAAUCCUUUCCAGAGCGUGACGGGACGCAACAGCGCAUCGCUGUUUGAGAUCAGGCUUGAAUCCGAUGUGAUCGUGUUGAGAGGCCCUGAAAGUGAGGCCUCGAGCCAGAUCCUGCGGGGUGUGCUUGUGCUAUGUCUUGCUCAACCCCUCAAGGUGGAAGACGUGCAUUUGCGACUUACAGGACAAUGUAGAGUCGGGUGGAACGACACGAGGUUGACGGGGGCAGGAAUGUCCAGCGGCAAGGUGGAUAAAGUUACAGAGAUUUUGAAUCACAGGUGGCCGAAUUUUGUCGGCGCAGAUGGGAUUGGAUCGUCGUCAAAGGGUGUGACGCUGGGCGCCACAAACUACGAGUGGCCCUUCGAGGUAAUCAUCCCAGGAAGCGCAGCAGAGAGCGUGGCAGGCCUUCACGACAGCCAUAUCCAGUACAAGUUGAAAGCGACGAUUGCCAGAGGGCGGUUGGCGUAUGACAUGCAUGCUUACAAGUCCGUCCGUGUCAUUCGGACUCUCGACCCCGCAGCACUGGAGCUAUCGCACGCCAUGACGGUGGAGAACAUAUGGCCCAACAAACUCGAGUACUCGAUCGUAAUUCCGCAAAAGGCAAUAGUUUUCGGAACGUCCAUCGCCGUGGAUAUGAAAUUUACGUCGUUACUAAAGGGACUGAGGAUCGGCACCAUCAAAUGCCACCUCGUGGAGGUACAAGAGUUUUCCAUCCCAAACCCGGCACUUUCGAAUAAAUCGCACAAGAAGUCGAGGGAUAUCGAGAACUGGGCUUUUGAGAUAGACGAGCAAGGGAGCUAUCACGACAUGCUGGAUGAGUCGGGGCAGGGCGGCUUUGUCGUGAAGGAGGUAAUGCCUCUUCCCAAGUCACUGAAGAAGUGCUUGCAAGAUUGCGAGACGCAUGGCAUUAAGAUCCGACAUAAGGUGAAGUUCAAUAUUGCGCUGCACAACCCAGACGGACACACCUCCGAGCUACGAGCUUCGCUUCCAGUCACCAUCUUUAUUUCCCCUAAUGUACCCCUCGAUGAAGCGGGCAACCUCCUUGAUCAAACUCCAGACCAUAUCCACACGCUUGACAUCGACUCCCACGCCCCUCCAUUAUAUGGCGAGCAUAUCAUGGAUCAGUUGUAUGCCGGUAUCGACUCUGGCACUAUGACCCCAUCCGCUUCGUCCGGAAUGAACACACCAUUCCACCUGCACUCUCGAUCAGGCUCAGCGGAAAACCUUGCAGCAAUGAAUGGCAUGUCAAGCACUGCUGUCAGACCAGAUAUCUUGUCCAGCAGGCUUCAUAACCUCAGUAUAACGCCCGGCAUCCCUGGCGCCUUUAGACGUCGCGGAGACGGCAGCGGAGGCAACACUCCCCAUGUCACUUUUAGCAGCGACAACCUUGUUGUACUCGGCACUUCCAGCGCCCCCCAUCAAGCAGGGGGGUACCUCGACCAAGCACCACACGGAGCGACAUCGAGAAGCAACCCGAUAUCUCGACACCCAAGCGACGAAGAUGUGCGCAGUGGCCGCACCUCGGCCAUAACCUCUGGUUACCAAACACCAGAGCACAUCGACUACUCUGAGCUAGCGCUGAACAAAGUCCCGUCCUAUGCGACGGCCGUUCGGGCCCCGAUACGGAAUACGACGCUUAACGAACCAGAGCCGUUGCCCAACUACGACAUGGCUAUCUCUGCACCGCCGAGUCCGACGAGGACACAUUCAUUCCCUGUGACUCGUACUCUAAACGACCAGUCGGGGAACAUCAACAGCGAGCCCGCGACCCCGCGGGCUGAGACACACAGGCGGAAUACCUCGUUAUCGCAUCUAGGCCGCUCAGUGCUGCAGAAUCGGCGGUCGACGGGAGAUGAUGAUGCGGAGAGGAGGUUGCAGCUAUUGAGGGCGAGAGCCCCUUAGCUUUAUUAGCCGCCUAUUAUGCCCAUACUUAAUGCUAGACAGAAGGAUUGGAUUAAUCCUUCUGCGGCUGCUUUUUGCGAAUAUACUUAAUACAACGGGACACGGCAACAAUUGGAUGGAAUGGUUUGAAAGGGUUUUAAGGGAAUAGAAGGGAGGAUUUCUGGGAGGCGUUUGGUAGGGAUAUCCCCAGCGGCUUUGGGGAUACCUGGUUUUCUUGGAUAUAAAUACAGCAUCACUCCUCUUACAUUAAACUCGGUGGUAAUUAGAUAAAAGAUGUAAUUUUGGAUCAAAUCCCG